GAGCGCGUCUGCCCUCUGCUCACCCCCCCCCCCCCACUCCUCCCCCUCUCACUGACGUCACCGCCCCCAGCGCCCCGGAGCCCCGCAGACAGAGCCGACAGACAGCAGGAGGGAGGCGGCCCGUGUGCAGCAGUGACGUGACGAGCUGUGUACCGAAGGGAGGGGAGCCUGGCUGGCACCGAGCUGGAGAAGGACCGGGACCAAAGGAACAGACAUUUCCCCUGAGCCAGCUACAUAGACAAAGGCUAUCCCGGGCCGCAUCGUUUCCGUGAGCUUAGGCUGAGUGCCCCUCCGUUGAAGAGAGGAUGCAGGAUUGCCCUGGAGGUUACUAGGGGACAGCAGUCACGGCUGCCCUGCACCUGCCCUGGGCUGGGUGGAACGGGUGCUAGUGCAGAUUCACUGUUAGGUUGUUGAUCUACAGCCAGAAGCUGCUUGCUUGCUGUUCAUUCCUGGAUAUGCCUUUAUAUGAUGCUCUGUUAAGUGGGUCCUGGAAAAAACAUUGCUGGAAGGACUGUCGCCAUUUAAUGCUCGUGCUACCAAACAGCUUCAUUCUGAUGUGUUUGUUUUGAGAUAAUUUCUAUUUUGCAGCAUACAUUGCAAUAUAUCAAUUAGAAUUCCAGUUCAUGCUGUUGCAAGUUUCAGUAAAAGUAAUAUUAUAUGCGCACUUUGGAAAAAUUCUAUGCACAUAGCACUCCUUUCUUUUUUAUGAGCAGCUUGAAAAAAUAAUUUUCAUCAUUUUUAUUUUAUUAUAGUUGGAGAUAUUUAAACCCAUCACAGAAAUAUAUAGAUAUAGUGUAUACAUAAAAGAGUUAAAAGAUGUAACUCAACAUUUUCAGAGCUAGAAGGAAUCGGUGGAUUCAUUAUGUUACAUGAUUGCUGGAAUGUUGCCUCCUAGAGGUUGAGUUAUCACUUGUUUUAUAGUUUUUUUGUAUAGAUUUUUAAUCACAAACUAAUCAAAACAUGGGUGACGAUGGUAGCCCUCCACUAAAAAAGCUUGCUAAAGAAAUGGAUAUCAGUAUUGAGGUUCCUAAUGUUGCCAAGAAGGUAAUUACAAUAAAGAUGGAAAUAGAUGAUUAUAAAGAACCAUCUGCUGCGGAGAGUACUGACAGCUCCUGUGCGAGCAGUGUGUCCCUCUGUGGUUCCUCUGACCUAAACCCAGGAUUGAAACACACUUUGGCACAGUUUAAUCUGAGCAGUCGAAGUUCGUUGGGUGGACCAGCAGCAUUUUCAGCACGGUUCUCCCAUGAAAACAUGUCACCGACCGUGUUUUUACCUCUUCCUUCCCCUCAGAUUCACCCAGGACCCCUUUUUAUUCCUUCAGACAGUUCAACAGAGCUUACACAGACUGAACUUGAAGGGGAAUCUAUUUCUUGUUUUAUGGUAGGAGGGGAAAAAAGACUUUGCCUCCCACAAGUCUUAAAUUCCGUUCUGCGGGACUUCUCACUCCAGCAAAUCAACAUUGUCUGCGAUGAAAUGUAUAUAUAUUGCUCACGGUGUACUUCGGAUCAGCUUCACAUUUUAAAGGUUCUGGGCAUACUUCCAUUUAAUGCCCCCUCUUGUGGUUUGAUCACACUGACUGAUGCUCAGAGACUAUGCAAUGCCCUUUUGCGGCCACAGACUUUUCCACAAAAUGGAAGCUUGCUGCCUGCAAAAAACUCUUUGGCUCAAUUAAAGGAAACUGGUAGUGCCUUUGAAGUAGAGCACGAUUGUUUAGGAAAGUGCCAGGGUUUAUUUGCACCUCACCUUUUCUCUCAGCCAGAUGCCCCAUGCAUUCAGUGUUUGGAAUGUUAUGGGAUGUUCUCAACACAAACCUUUGUGAUGCACUCUCACAGAUCCCCUGACAAAAGGACCUGCCAUUGGGGCUUUGACUCUGCUAAAUGGCACUGCUAUGUUCAUCUAAGUCCAAAAUAUCUAGAUACACCUGAAGGUAAAAAGAUGAAUGCCCUCUUAAAGGAAAUGAAAGAAAAAUUCAAUAAGAAAAAUCAGCCGAAGAGGAUUCAACCAAAAGGGGAGCAUAUACAGACUCUGGAAUUACCGUCUUGGUACCCAGUCAUAAAGCAAGAAGAUGAUCCCACCAGUAGACCACAUUUGUUGCACCCUAGCUACUAUCUCUACAUGUAUGAUAAGGUUGUGGCGCCGAAUGUAUCCCUCACAGCUACUGUAUCACAGUGCAAGGAAGCAAAAAUAGGAAGAAAAGAGGUUGCACCCAGCAAACCCUCUGUGGAGCUAGAGAAGCAGGCUAGGAGUGGCAAACAUAAAUCUGUUACCUCAUACCCUGAGCUUUCCAUAGAGGAACAAGAGAGGGUGGAUUUGAAACCAGACAUAAAGACCAGUAAUAUUAAACAGCCCAAUACAGUGGAUGGGGAAAAGCAUGAAUCUGCUUGUAAUAAGGAUAUUCUCUGUGUGGAUGACAAAAGCCAAAUAAUGGAAGAAGUUGUAAAAACAUUCUUGAAACAGCAAGAGAAACUGAAUUACAUUCUGCAGAAAAAACAGCAAAUUCAAAUGGAAGUUGAACUACUAAGCAAUUCCAAAACUAUGAAGGACCUAACUGUGGAGCAACAGAACUUGCAGAAAGAGUUUGAAUCCUUGCAGAAUGAGCACAUGCAAAAAAUGGAGGAAUUAUAUGAUGAGCAGCGAGAUUUGGAAGAAAAGCUGAAGCAAGUUAAAAAACAGAAGUGCUCAUGUGAUUUGAACACAGACAGAGACAAAGAAACACAAUAUGCAAACCAGUUGACAGAACUACGGCAGAGGUUAGACCAAGCUGAAGCGGACAGGCGAGAGCUUCAGGAUGAGCUACGGCGUGAACGAGAAGCAAGAGAAAAGCUGGAGAUGAUGAUUAAAGAGCUAAAGCUUCAGAUAUUGAAAUCUGCAAAAAGUGGGGAUGGAGAGUAGACUAAGCAGCUCCCAGACAAAACAUUACACUUCAAACAGGGUUUAUUUACUUAAUAUGGGGAGAACAGUGUGGCAUGUUUUGGCUCGUGUGAUUCCCUGCCAUAUGAAACAUUCUUCAUAUGUCUGUGUGGUCUGUAAUACCUUCUAAACUAAGGUCUCACCAGUAAUGUCUGGCUGGGUGCUUUCCUUUUUUAAGACCAAACUGUUUUUCACUUUUUAUUUUUAGAUUUGAAUGAGAUUUAUAAUCUUAUCAGUGCAGCAAGUGUCUGCACUUUCUGGCUCCACCUAUAUGGCAGUUGCCAAACAACUUCACUGAUGUGAAAAGACCAUAUUGAUGCUGCUAACACUUGUUCCCCCACCCCAACUGUGUUAAAGAGCCAAGCUACUGGAUAUUGUUAAGAAUGUGUUAUUCUUAAAGUGAUAGAUAUAUUGUAAAAAUGCCGAGCUAUAUUUGCCAUAAGAGAUAUAAGCGGUUGCUUCAAAACCGCUUGAGAGCAUAUAGAAUUUUAAAAUUAGGAAGCAACCUGUUUCUAAUAUCAUUUGCCAUUUAUCUUCAAUUUGCCCUUUUUAUAUAUAUAUAUAUACAGUAUAUAUAAUAUGUAUAUUUGUUAAAGGAAAUUUGAAAAUAGUGAUGUAUUUCCAGCUUGACAUUGACUGCAAAAGCAGUUUGGGGUUGAACUGAGGACCAGCCCUGUCAUAUUAUGCAAUUGUACUUGUUUUUAUUUAUUUUUUUCUUGAUCUGAAAUCCACCAUUGCAACUAAGAAAUAAAAGGUAAUUGGCAGAAGUUAUGUGCAGAAUGGCACAUAAUUUGCAUGUACUAUUUUUUAUUGACAGGCAGAGUUAGUAGCCAGCUAUCCAUAUCUCACUGGUACCUAGUGGAUUAUGUAAUUAUCUAGAAAACAAGGGAUUCUAAAACUGCCCUUCAGGACAACUGACUAAGCAUUCAUAAUAUGUCUUUCUCUUAGGCAUAAUUAACCUUGUUCCUACCACAGAUAGAAAACCAUUUUAUUAUCAGAGCUGAUACCCCUGGGGGCUAAAAUUGUGCAAUACAUAUAUACACACUAAAGACAAUGCAGUUUUGGCACACACUUUCUAUAUCUUCUAUUUCUGCCUUAUCAAUAAUUCUGCCUCAACUUGUUCAAUCAUAUCAUAAACCUGAAAUACUGCAUAUAAAGCUCUUUUUCUCUCAUUUCUGAUACAGUCAGGUCAUUGCACAUAUGGAGAGAGAUUGUGUUCCAAUGUCAGUGUUCCCUGAAUAACAGUAAUACAUACCAUUAAUGUUUUGUUCUGUUUAUUUAUUAUUGUUUCUGUUGUAUGUUUCCUCCGUGUAAAUACUGAAUUAUUCUAAUACUUAAAUAUUUAUCAUAUAAAUUAAUUUAUAUAGCAUUUAUUUCACAUUCAUAUUUUUUAAAGAUAGCUUCCUAAAACAAUAGUUAACAGUGCCAUAAUUUCACUGAGUAAUGCUUAUGUAAACUUGUAUAUAUUGUAAAGCCUAGCUUCGCCUUGCUUGAAAAGCUUCACAAAUCAUGCAUUAAUUGAUCUUGUAACAAUCAGAUGAUACAUGUUUUACAAGCCACUUAAAAAGACGGUACUUCCUUUAUUGUUUCGUGGUGUAUUUGCUACAGCAUGAAUAUAUUGUAUUGUAGUGAAAAAGUGAGAUGUUUUUGUUAAAUUUUUUUUCUGUACUGGUGCAGAGUUUUAUCAGUAAAUUUGUUUUGAAGGCAGAAGAUUUUGCUUAUGAAAUUGCAGCAUCUAGCUGAAUUAAGAGGUAAUGUAAAUCUUCUUGUAAAGGCCCUCGGAUUGUUUUCCUAAACUAUUUGUCUAAAUAUAUAUAUAUAUUGGUGAUUAUUGGAGUUUUUCAGUCAUCUGUGGUCCACUUUACGUGUUCCCACUUUGCCUCACUUACAGCAGCCAAAUAGUAAACCUAAUGUAUAGGUUGUUUUUAUUUAAAAGCAACUGGACAUCCUUAGGUGAUCUGAAACAAAUCAACAAUUACAUUUUAAUGUGAUUAAGAUAUAUUUGUUUUUUGGUCAAAUCUCUAUUCACCAAUAAAUUUGUGACAGAGGAUGGAUUGUUCAAAGACAGCGCAAGGUGGCCGAAAGACUUACACAGUUACUUUUGUGUUUAGCUGAUUGUUCACAAAUUCUAAAUAACUAGAUUUGUUGUACUGUUUGUUGGUAAAUUCUAAAUGAAAAUUUUUACACUAACCUCACAUCACAGUGUUUAAUUUGUGAAGACGUAGGCUAGCCCUUACAAUUGAGCUGUGAUGGCAAUAAGGCACUGUGUAUGUGUGGGAAAAUGAAAACCUUCUAAACUCAGCUGCAGUGCAUUAAAGACGAAUAUUUCUCAGGGAUGCAGGAGCUAAGCACUUUCAAGUGCAUUGACGUCCAAAUCAUAAGCCCCACAAAGCUACAAAAAUAAUUCAAAAAAGGUAUAUAAAGAGUAAUAAAAAAUAGUUUAUAAAACUUCCUAUUUUUUUACAAUUGGAAAUGAAUGUCAGCUGUGGGUUAAGAUAGAUUACAAAAAUUGGGGUGUAGGUGGGGUUUAGCCAUAGCAUAGCUAUAAAAUAUGUACAGAUUCCAUACAGUCUUUGUGAGCAUUUAGCAUAUUGCAUUGGAAUUUAUGAUCAGCUAUGACAGCUUUAAAACUCUAUGUUAACAAUGCUUAGCUUUUCUUACUCUUUAUCUAAAUCCCAAACAGGCAAAACGAAGCAAAAGAUAAAUUCAAUUUACUGAAGUCAGUACAAAUGAACUGUUGCUGUCAUUGUUGCAACAACUAUUUAGCAAUGAUCUCAGGUGUGCUCUACCCCUUUUAUCAAAAUUUGACUUCUAAAUACAUGAUGCCCAGGCUAACUGGACAAUUAUGUGGAAAAAGAUAGACUGCUCUGAAGCAGAAGCUCUGGAGCACUUAAGGGUUUUACUGCUUUUAGGAGAUUCUGGGAGAAUAAAAUGGCCUGCAGUUAGGCAGUCAUGUGGUUGCUGGUAUUCUGGAAAUAUCGUUUCCUAUUUUUGUGCCACCUCUGAUUGUUUGUUUCAUAAUAAGAAUCGCUGCUUUAGUAUGAUUAUUCGCCAGCACUUAUGCCAAAUAUCUGAAAGGAAAACUGCUUUGCAUGGUCCUUUAAAUAUAGCCUGUAAUGCUUGUAAUAUUAUAAAGACAGCAGCGAGCUUUGUGUAAUUAGAUGCUGUAACAAUUCUUCUUCUUGUAGGAUUACAACCCUUAAUAUUGAUUUACUUUGAUGACCUAUUUGUGUGCCUGCGAUGGGUACAACACACUGUAAUACUAGUGACUCAGUGAGUGACCAUAGCUGUUAUUGUACCAUGUGUCACUCCAUCACUAUUGUGCACACUUUGCAUCACAAAGAUGCUCAUACGGUGGUGUCUUCUACACAAAGCUGCUCCUUUCAAAAUCUCCAUUUUUCACAACAUAAACUUAUUCCACAAAAAAUAAUAAAAAAAAAAAAAAAUGAAAGAUUUUUUUUAUAUUUUCAUUCUAUUUAUAAAGUUGCUUGCUUUUGUAUUUUUUCUGCACUUGCAAUAGUCUUUAGAAGGAACACUAAUUAUGGAGUAAGCACACUGACUGUGCUUGGAUUUUUAAUAUUUAUAUGAUGUAUUUAAGCAAUGACAGAAAUUAUUGAUUGAAAUUUUACAAAAGAAAAAUGCAUAUAGAGAAGUCCAUGUAGUUUUCACUGUGACAAUUAGGUUGUUAGUUUAGUUCAUACUAAUGAUAUUUCUUUUCCUGCGCAUACAGAGCUCCAUGUAUAGUCACACAGAUAGCUGUGUCAUUGUUUUGUUUCUGUGUCACCGUCUGUUCUAAAUGUUUUAACCUCCUUGUUCCUGCUGUGCAAAAGUGCGCUAUCACCCAUCCCUUUAUUGCUGCAUGGGAUCUAUUAGUUGCGACUAUAUCCCAUCUCUUAUAUAGCUUAGGUACCUUUUAUUAUUUCAGGUUUGCAUCCAUUGAUGUUCCAAAGAUUACUUGCUAUCGAGGCAAAAUAAACCCGCUUUGCGUUUUUUUGGGACUUGUUGCAAUAGGCAAAGGGCAAUAAAAUCCUUGCUAGGUAACUUGCAAUAUAGCAAGUGCAUAGAAGACUUUCUGUAUUAACUUGUACAGACUUGUUUAGCAAAACUUAGAAUAUUCCUUUGCUAUGAUGCAAGUAAAGCUAGAAUGCCCGCAGGACGUAAGACAUCCUUGAGAAUGUGUACAGAUUAGUGAUUGUGCAAAAGGAAAAAGUGAAAAUGGUUGAAUCUUAAUUUGUGCCCAUUGUUUGUAACCCAAAUAAGCAUGCAAGUCGGCGCAAAUUAUUGUAGAGAAAAUCACUUGCUACCUCUUUUUGUGCUUGUGCACAUUUACGCCAUACUUCUUAUAGGUUAAUUAUCCAAUCUGUCAUUAACAUUACAAACUUACAUAAAAAUAGUUUUUUCAUUUCAACUCAGAAAUGAACUCAGAUGAGUUCAUGGUCAAUAUCAGUAAGUCAGUGCGGGGGGUUUUGUAGUGCUAGUUAGUUACACUCCAUUGGUGAAACUAAUUAGCAUGUAUUUGAUUCUUUGUUUCUGAGUAAGGGCUUGUUCACAUUGUGAUUCUCGUUAGUGCAUCAGUGCUUAUAACACAGUUAGGAAAGUUGUAGCCAGCAGCAGCUUUAUGAUUGCUGUCAGUCAUGCAACAUUCCUUAUAUCUGAACUGCUGUGCUUGCUGAAUUUAUUAUUAAUGGUGGCAAUGGUGAAGGGGUACUGCUUGGGAAAGGCAGGUGUUGGGUACAGAUUUCCCUUCUGCUUGGAGCACCUUUUGCUUUAUGCCCCAUAGCAGGCACAGCAGUAGUGUAAUGAAUAAAUGUAAACAAAUGUAUAUAUGACAUUGCAUUUAGUGCUGCACCCCAUGAUCUUAAAUCAGCCCCUGUAAUAAUAAGUGUUUUUUAAAGGAAGGAGAGACUGCCAAACCUACCUGAUGCAGUCACCUCCUUUUGAAUUCCUCCUAAAGGAGCCCCCUUGUACUUUAGGGCUUGCCAUGUAUUUGUAUGCCUGCUCAGCUGGGAACUCUAUUGCUGUGACUGCUUAAUCCUAGCAGCUAGUGCUGGCUAUACUAACCUCACUUGUUACUGGCACAUCUGACUUGUGACCAAAGAAUUACAGUGAACAAGCCCUAAUUAGAGCCUCCCGGGCUAGCUUCAUAGGCAAAACCCAAGGGUACAUCAUCCUAUGGAAAUCUCUACAUCAUGAUCCAAAUACUUUUUAACUACUAGUUUGCAAAAAUAUUGGGAAUUUUUUGGGGGGUGUUUUUACAUCUCAUUUUAAUAGAUAGCCUGGCUACAGAAACAAAAGAUUUUUAUAAAGCAUUAUGUAAAAUAGUCUGUAGGCCUGUGUCACCUAAGCUUUCUGUACAAUAAAGCAUCUGCAUUAAUCAUAUUUGAAGCCAUAAUACAUAAAAAUAGGAUACAAUCUGUAUAUUCAUUUUUUUUUUUUUUUUCAACUAAGGAUUUUAAUUGCAAUAUUAUAAAUGUAUUAAUAUCAUUUUGUAAUGAUUUUUCUCUAUGGAAUCUGCAUCCAAUAAGUGACUAUUAUGAUGCUAAAACUGGAGGUGCAAUAUAUUAGCUGGAUGCAAGAAUGACUAUAGUUUGCUUUGCUGUCACAGGACACAUUACAAUGUAUACUGCUGCUUCCCUACAUUUAACUCCUAUGUAAUCUGCAAUUUUAUGCAAAUUUGCACACGUAGUUAGUACCCCUGCAUUUAUUAAUGCGCACAAAUGAGUACUUGUGGGCCAUGUAUUCUUUUAAUGUGUAUGCCUGUUAGAAAAGAGAUCUAUUUCAGCACGCUGCUGUUUCUGAAGAGAGAAAUGCUGAUUAUUUUUGGCAAAAGAAAGCUAUCUUAGGUUUUCAUGCAUAUUCUGCAAAUUAUUUGUUGCAUGAUACAAUGUGAAAUACUGAAUAGCGAGCAUGUGUAAAAACUCAUGUUGUUUAGUCACAAUUGGCAAAUGUUUAAAACUGUGAAACCAUUCACGUGGCAAUUCUGUUUUGAUUUCUCAGUUUUAUACUAUUUUCCAGUGAUGUACAGUUAAUGCUAUAAGUAACUGUGAUUGUGAAUUACAUGAUUCAAAACUGUCCUACCUCACAAGAAAAUAACAGGUGUUUUAUAUGGUUUGGAAAAAAAAAAGAAAGAAAAAUGAAAAACAAAAUUUCUCUGGUCAAUCAGUUUACACAAAGUGGAAGAAUCUGUAUUGCAACAUUACAUACUGUGCUUUCUGCUUAUACCUCAAAAUGUAUUUUUGUGCUGUUUUCCAUUGUCAUUCCUUGUACAUAAUGAAUUCCAAUGGUGGAUUAAACCUUAAUAAAAAUAAGAUUGUGACUAAAAUA